CGUAUGUGCUUCUGUGGCACAAGCUAGCUGUAUCUAAGCAGAGGAAAGGAAACACAGGACUCCCAGGUCCCUAAAGAGGUGCCACCGGUGUGCCGAUUUCCUCGGUUGAUCUUCACAACUUGCUUCAGCGGAAAAGGCAAUGAAAUUUUCAAAGAGUGAAGAAGAUAAAAUCAUGUAUGCUGUUGUCCUAUUUCCAAGAAUUUUGCACCAAAUAGAAAAAGAAAUUUCGUGUGUAUCCUUUCGUUUCCCAAACAGGGGGAUCUUGAGGUUGGAUUGCCUUGUGCAGUAGAUUUUCAGAGAUAACUUUCUACCGACUGUCCUAUUACUAGUACUUGGUCGGUGUAGCUGUCUCUCGAUAUCCUCAAAAUAACAACGCAUCCUUAGAUUUUAAAUAUCUCAAUUAUUACUCGAAGAUGGUGUUGGGUCAAGGCUCGGACGGAAGACCGGUCACACCCAAUCAGCCAAAUCAGAGGCAAUCUAACCCUGGCAAUCCCUACAGCAAGGCGUCUUUAAAUGGAUGUCCAAUCGGUCAGCCCGCAAACAUGGACAUACACGAUAGACACUCUUUAAUCACAAAGCAUCGUAAUGGCAGAGAAGAUGGCAAAUUCGUCAAGAAUCCUGAAGGCAGUCCUGUGCAUGGAACAGGUGCAGGUCCACACAUGGCACAUGGAAAUGGCGUCGACGCUGGACAGAUGGCAUAUAGAUUGGCUCCCAAGUUUGAUAAUGCAUUAAGUGAAGUACCGAAACACUCAAACAGCUCUAAAGGUAACCACGAAACAGACGCAGUGGACGGAGGAAGGACAUACGACAGAUCUGACCAUCCUGGCAGGCGAACAGAAACCACGAGAGUUACAGCAAGUUCAAACUAUUACCAGACAAGAAAUCUUAACACAGAGAGAGAUCGGCUUAGCACGUACUUUGACUGGCCACAAGGUGUCCCCGUGACACCAGAAGAGCUUGCGAGGCAAGGUUUCUUUUAUCUCGGCCACGAAGACAGGGUAGAGUGUGCGUUCUGUGGAGGUGUUCUUCACCAGUGGGAGGCGGGUGACGAUCCAUUCAUAGAGCAUCGGCGACACUACCCACACUGCCCCUUCGCUAACGGAGAAGCGACUGCAAACGUUCCACUUGGAGCGACAUCGCCACCAACGGGUAGACCUGGUACAGCUCAAGCAGUCGUUAGCAGCCCGAGUCAUCAACCACCUUCAAGUUCAACACCGGCGCUGGUCACUUCUGGUCAAGUGGAACCUCAUAGGGCCGGAUCCAGAAAUACAUCAGUAUUUGCUUUGCCAGUUGGGACGGAGUGGCCAAAACAACCAGAUUUCGCGGACGAGCAAAGUCGACUGUCCACCUUUCACAACUGGCCGAGAUAUUCUCCCAUGUCACCUCUGAGGCUGGUACGGGCAGGCUUCCUAUACACCUGUAAGUAUUUGCGCCGGACCUACUCCGCAGACGUUGCCGACCAUGUCCGCUGUUACUGGUGUGACGGCGGCCUGAAGGACUGGCAGCAGGACGAUGACCCCUGGGAGGAGCAUGCGCGCUGGUACGGGUCUGAGUGCGGCUACGUCAUCAUGAACAAGGGCAUGGACUACAUUCGGGAAGUCAGGACACGCCGUCCUCCCGUCGUGCAACAGCCACAGUUUCGGUGGGGUGUGGAAGCAGGUAUCGUACAAAGUGUUCUCGACAUGGGAUUCGAUGAGAACAGGGUACAAGCUGUCAUUCAAAACUACUGGCAGCGGUACAACAGACCAUUUACAACGGCAACAGAACUUCUGAAUGCACUCCUGCCACAAGAGGAGGUUCCAUUCUAUCCACCGAAUGAGGAAGAAGAGCCGCCCUUCACUUUUCAAAAUGCCCCUGUUUUCUCAUCCCCUGCACCAGCCCCUAGUCCUAGACCAGUGGACGAACAACCUCUGGACCCUGAGACGAUGGAAAGGGAGCUCCGGCGGCUCCGUGAAGAGAGGCAGUGCAAGGUGUGUCUGUCUGCAGACGCCUGCAUGGUGUUCAUCCCGUGCGGACAUCUCUGCUGUUGCGAACAUUGCGCCAACAUGCUGAGGAUGAGAGGACGCCGCUGCCCGCUCUGUAGAGCUCUCUUCCAGAGGGUUCAGCGCGCUUUUCUUGCAUGAUUGUUACAAUUGAUUGAAAAAGUUUACAAAAUGUGACAACCUGGGCAUGCAGCAGACAGUACUGCAUUGAAUACGCAAGAAUCCUUUCUGCCCAUUAUUGAGUUCUGACGCCGCGGAACACUGAAGAUAACAUGCGGGGGGCGGACACGGUCGGAUUGGAUCAAAGAUAAUUGCUGUACGGUUUGUGCUAAGAGCACAUAUUGAUGAAGGCUAUUUUGCAAAGUUGGUGAAACAUAAUAUGAACAUAUGAUACAGCAAUUAAAGCAUUGACUAAUAGUUUAUAAAACCUUUGAAUUGGGAUGAAAAUACUGACAGGAUUGCGCAAAAUAUUUGUCUCCGACGUACGUUUUUAAUUGUUGCAGUUGAUGCGUACGUCGCUAGAUGCCUCCAGUAACCAAUGCAACAUUGACUUCACAUUUUUUACAAAUAACCAAAUUUAAAUACACAACGUUAACAACAACAUUGCUUAAAAUCAACUAAUUUUCUUUCCAACAAACGUGGAAGGGACAUUCAGUUUUCUCUUACAUGUGCAUGUAUGCUGUUCUUCCCUUGUCCUGUUGAAGGACAUGAUAUACGCUAUAGGAUUCAAUUUUUGAAAAAAAAAAACUAAUACUUCCAAUAUGAGGGAUUAUAUGCAUCACAAUAUACCUGUGCUGUGGGACUUUUAUAUGUAAAUACCAAAGUUCAACAUCCUGAAAACAUACUUGCUACUUGUGAUGGGCAUCUGUAGUCCCUGUCAAAAGAAGGAAUAUAUACGCUGUGUUAAGUCUCCUAGCCUUAUACUAUACAGUUGUAUGGUGUAUGAUUGCCAUCCAUUUACAUAAAUCAAAGCCUGUGAUAAUACUACAUGUAAUAAAUGCUAGAACUUUGUCACAUUUAUAUACUAAAUGAAAAUAUCUUGCAACAUCCUAAUUUGAAGUGUCUUUGUCAAACAACAAAACUUCAUGUGUUUUAUUAAAUUUAUUCAAUACAUUGUAAACUACA